UCAAAUUUUAUUGUACCCAAGUACUUUGACUAUGAAGAUACAUGAACAUACCUGGCAACCCCGGUCGAGUUGCUGUAUGAAUGGCAGAGAGCUGCACCGUAUCGUCUUUCCGGAAGUGUGCAUCUUGCUUUAGACUGAUUUGGUUACCAUGGAGAUGACCACUGAGAAGGAUGGGCUCUUUGAGGAUCCAAACUUCACAGCUGAUGACUCCGCCCUCUUUUCGGACUACACCACGCCUCUUUCCAGGCUUACAGGAAAAGUUACCUGGCUCCGACCUGAGCAAAUCUGUAAGAGUCCAUGUCUCCUCCCUGAUGACUUGACUGAGGCUUACCCAAAGCAAGGCAUUCUGGGGGACUGCUGGCUGUUGUGUGCUUGUAACAUGCUGUUGAAGAGCCGCUAUUUACUGGACAAGGUGAUGCCCCCUGGACAGUGCGUGUGGGGGCAGAGAGGUUACACUGGUCAGUUUCGGUUCCAAUUUUGGAGGAAUGGUAAUUGGACAGAAGUUCGGAUAGACGAUCGACUACCAUGUAUCUACAGCAAACCCUGUUUCUCUCGCUGUCAUUGCCCCAAAGCUUUCUGGGUUUCAUUGUUGGAGAAAGCAUAUGCAAAGCUACAUGGUUCAUAUGAGCGUUUAUGGGCAGGACAGGUGUGUGAAGCAGUGGUGGACCUGAGUGGUGGUGUGGCUGAGCGCUGGAGUUUAAAAAAAUCUGUGAACACACCUGAAGGAAGGAGUUUGUUCCCUGAGCUCUCAGAGGAAAUAAGAAAGCAGAGCUACAUUUGUUGCUGUGUACAUGACGCCCCUACAGAUGAACCGCUGUGGCGACCCCUAAAGGGAGCAGCCGAAAGAAGAAGGAGAAGAUCUCAAACAUUCAUUAGUAUUGUCUGUAAUAAGCAUUCAGGUACUUCUGAGCAGGGCCAGUUUCAUGCUUUGAGUGUAAUGGAAUGGAAAGAUGUGAAAACAAGUGCUGGAGCAAUAGUUCAGCUGUUGCAGAUACGAAACCCAUGGGGCAGGAGGUGCUGGGAAGGAGCCUGGACUGAGAGAGGAACAGGGUGGACUUUACUGGACCCUUCAUGCUCUGCAGAUCUGUUGGGCCACACAAAGGAGGGGGAAUUCUGGAUAGAUCAGUGUGAAUUCCAGCAGAAAUUUGAUGAGGUCACUGUAGGAUAUCCAAUCAGUGAGGAUCAUCAUCUUCAGAGUAUUUACACCGGUUCUAUCUUGACUCACACCCAGCAGGUAGGCGGCUCUUGGGUCAAAGGCUACUCAGCUGGAGGUUGCCGUAAUAACAGCAGCUAUAGCAGCAAUCCUAAAUUCUGGUUAAAGGUUCGGGAAGGAGGAGAGGUGCUCAUUUCACUUCUGCAGCAUGGACCAUGGAGCUCACAGCAGAUUUCCAAGAAAGGGCAAUCAGUUGGCAGCACUCAUCAGCACCCAUACUAUCAGGCCAUUGCACUGCACAUAUGGAAGGUGGACAAAAAGCGUUUUAAUUUGACCAGGACAGUUAACUCUAUACCCUCUGCAUCCUCACAUACACACACAUAUGAGCGUGAGGUAGUGGUACACACACAUUUAAGUGCUGGGCUUUACCUGGUUGUGCCCAGCACCUUCCUACAGGGAGCACAGGGGCACUUUCUUCUUCGAGUGCAUUCUACCUGCCCCACAUAUCUCAGUGCAGUAAAGGUGAGUGUGCAGCAGGAGGAGCGUGUAGGAGGUGGAGAAUGGGACAUGGCAAGUGUAAGCGGCUGCUGGACAGUUGGCUGUACAGCUGGAGGAGGUCGGAACUUUCCAUCACAUGGGCAGAACCCUCAUGUUCCCCUCAUAGUGACUUAUGACCCUGGUGGGACAAACGUUAAAGUCAUGCUACGCCAGCAUAGCCCAGAGAACGCUCUUCAUGCCAUUGGCUUUCAUAUUUAUAAGGUUCCUGGUGAAGUUGACUGCAUGGAGAUAUCAGGUACAGUGUGCCCUGUGGUGAGUUGCGUUCCUCACUCUCACUCUCAAGAAGUCAGUAUCCAGUGCAGGCUGCCCCCUGCUGGUUAUGUCAUUCUGCCCUCCACAUACCAGCCAGGCUGCAGUGCAGAAUACACCCUCACCAUCACACAGAAAAUACCAAGGAAAGCAAUAAGCUGUCAGGAGCAUUUGGGCCAGGCAGUUCAGGAGAUUGAAUGUCAUUCCUCUCGUUUACAUUCCAUCCACUGUCUGAAGAUUAGAUGUAAAAUCUCCAAAAAUUGCUACUUCCCAUGUCUCUGUGAUGGGGCUGUAGUGUUUUGAAGGGUUGCUCUUUCUGUCUCCAGUUUUCUGCUGAUGUGGUUUGUUUAUACUGGCCUUAGAUGAAAGCCACAGAGUUUACGUCACAUUUAGUACAUCUUGUCUACUGAGCCAACUCUAAUGAAUGCCGAUGGCACACUGCCCUGCCAUCUAAUAGGAGCUAUUGAAGCUGCCGCCCAUGCCAUGGUCUCUCUCUUCGUUUUUUAUAAGCACUGUGCUGCCAUACAAUGAUCAGUUGAAAGCAAAGUGUCCCACCAUCAAGAACAAAGAGAUCACUCAGGGAGAGUUACCGGCUGACCCACACAGAGCUGGUGUGCCUGCCAACAGCUAAACCAGGUUUGAGAGAGUGUUGAACAAGUCAGCUUUCAUGCCUUUUGAAGUUUGAAGUGGCUCUGUUAGAACAGCACAUUUUAUAGCCCAUGUUGUAAAUAUUUGAUCAAAAUAUUACUUUGGUACAAUCCCAACACAGUAAAACAUUUUGUUGGGUAAAUUAAAUGUGUAUUUUCAUUUUCCUUUUGCUCGGCAUGUUUAUAUUAUGUGUUUGUGUUUACAAUUAACAAAUAAACUAGUGUAAGGAAAAGCAAUUGUGUUUAAAUUACUCUGUGACUAACUUUUUUUUAUUAUGUACCCGUUUCUUGCGGAAAAUUAGGAUGAAGGACCAAAUUGCAACCUUAAUCUAGACUAGAUGGCCUGAUCAGCAGUCCAGCGAGGCCUGAGAUAUGCACAGUUUGAUGAUUUCCCUGCUAAAGAUGCCCAUUUCCAUAAUCACCUGAAUAAUAAAAUGUAGAUACAUUUUGCCACGGCCUUACACAAUAUUUGAAUGCCUUUUUAAAAUACAUUUUUACAG